CACUUCUGUAGGAUAGUUUUUUUUUCUCGCUAAAGUUCAACCGAGCAUCACUUCUGGGUUCAAAACGUUAUUGAACGCCACAUCCGAAAAAGUAUGUGCUUUACCGCAGGUUAGCCAAAUACUUAGAGCAACGGUAUAACCGGUCUGCAUUGUUGAGUAAGAAGACACGGAGAGCUGGAUUAGAUCAAGUCCAAGGUUCAAGUCCUGAAAAUAUGCAAAACCGCGGCUCGGCGGGUUAGGCAAAUGUGCUUUAUUUAACUGAGGAUUAUGCAGGUGGUUGAGGCUGGGGGUACACUAGCACAGUAAUCCGCGACAUUGAUGCAAUUAUCAUUUUUCUCGACUUCAGUGAGAGUCUGCAUUUAAGCCUCAGAGCACUGUACGGUCACAGAUGUGUCCCUGCUUUAACUCCGGUUCCGAUCUGAGUCCACGGGGGGAAUACAGUCCAGUCUGUAGGGCUGGUGCUGGCUGAGGUCUUGGACGGGCAUUCGUCUUCUGGUUGAACGAUGGGAAAAUUGUUUUUGCUUCUGGAAAUCAGCGAGGCAAGUCUGCACAAGUGUCGAUGGCCAGAAGACGGGCUUAGCAAGAAGCAUGACGGGAAGGAGCCAGCCGUGUGGUUUCCAGCCUGUGAAUGGUGGACAUGCGUACGUGUUGGGAAACAACCUGGCUGGCGAGAGCGAGGUCUCUGAAGAAGACGGCGAGUGCUACGAGCUGCGGGCCCGAGGCCGGGAGCGGACGCGGAGGAGCACGUCCCGGGACAGGAUGGACGACAUCGUGUACCUGGUCCGGGACGUCCAGGAGGGGGACACGUUGAACGCCAUCGCUCUGCAGUAUUUCUGCUCGGUCGCAGACCUCAAGAGAGCCAACAAUCUCCUGAACGAGCAGGACUUUUUCGCCCUGAGGUCCGUCAGGAUCCCCGUGAAGCGGUUCAGCGUCCUGACUGAGACCCACAGCUCGGCGGCGCCCCCGCUGGCCUCCCCUGGACCACGGCACUGCUCGGAGGCCCCCAGCCCCGAGGCCGCGCCCGACUCCUCCUCCUCAUCGGCGGCGGCAGAGAGCGCCGGCAGCUUCCUUCAGGGUGUGGACAAGGACAUCGAGCAGCUGGUGAAGUCGGCGGACAGCUCGCGGGGCGGCCUGAGCGAGGUGGUGUCCUCGCUGAGCGCGUCCCCGCGGCGGUCGGGCGAGGCUGGGCGCAAGCCGGCCGGCCGGAAGGACCCCUACUACGGGGCCGACUGGGGCAUGAGGUGGUGGAUGGCGGUGGCGAUCAUGCUGGUCGUGGGCAUCGUGACGCCUGUCUUCUACCUCCUGUACUACGAGGUGCUGGCGAAGGCCGGUGUCGGCCAUCAUUCCACCACGGAGUCCCUGCGCGCCACCGGCCCGGCCCCCACGCCGGCUCAGAGCCCGCCGCACGGGCCCCCGACAGCGAAGCAAGGGGGCCAGCCAGAGGCACCGGGGCAGAAGGGGGCCGCGGCCCUUUCCCCCCGCGGGUGAGACCGGCUCGCCUGGAGCGGGGAACGCGCUCACGAGAUUCUGUGCAAUCUUUCGAGUACUCGACAGGACCGCGCAUCGCGGUUUUUCGGACCGCGAGGAAAGACCAUGGAGAGCGAAGAAGAGCGCGCGAUGGUCAGAGAUACUGCUAUUUUAUGAGAGAGAAAAUUCCCCUUGUGUUACAGAUUUCUUGUUUUCUUUAAAGUGUUUUGCAAAACUGCCACUAUAUUAUAUGAUAAGGAAUAUUUUUGGUACUGUAAGUCGUUUUGGGUGAAUGCCUCGUAAUUUAUAAGUGUAAACCAGUAUUUUUUUCAUGUUUUAAUGAGGAGAAUGCAUUAUAACUGAACUUUUUCUUCAGGUCCGUAACACAUGGGUUUGUGAGUUUUUCCAGGAAAUGGAAGCAUUAUUAGGCUUCUCUCUGUUAAGAGUGGUUUUAGUCCAAUAAGUGCAUAAUAAUAAUGCAUUUUUAUAAUGCAGAAUUGUUACUUUAAACCUACAUUAAGUUUUUUUUUCCUGUUAUCUGUAAACUUGUCCAUUGGAUAAAAACAAGGUCACCUACAGUAUACUUGUGUGCCUUCUCUUUUUGGAAAAAUUUCAAGUUAAUAUUUGAAAGAAAUAAUAAAUAUAUUUUGGAUACGCA